AUGGUUCGCCUUGAUCUCGCAUUCGUCCUUUCCCUUGCCAGCGUGGCUACCGCCUGGGACUCGCCAACCUACUCGGGCUUCACCCGCGUCUGGCAGGACACCUUCCCUGGCGCUUCUGGUGCCACCCCCAACGAGGGCAACUGGAACAUCAUCACUGGCGACCUGGGCGUUAACAACGAACUGCAAGUCUACACCCGCUCCAACAGGAACGUCCAGAUCAGCGGAGGCAACACGCUCCAACUGGUCCCAUGGAGGGACUCGUCCCAAGCUAAGGGAUGGACCUCCGGCCGCAUGGAGAGCAAGUACACCUUCACUCCCCAGAACGGCCGGAUCACCCGUCUUGAAGGCCAACUUCGAUUUGGCGACGGCGCCACCAGCGCUAAGAAGGGCAUCUGGCCAGCUUUCUGGAUGCUCGGAAAUGCUCUCCGUACUGGUGGAAGCUGGCCCUCAUGUGGCGAGAUCGAUAUCAUGGAGACUAUCAAUGGGCAGCUUACCGGUUACGGAACGGUUCACUGUGACGUCUAUCCCGGCGGCAUCUGCAAUGAGGGAUCCGGUAUCGGUGGUAGCACUGGUAUUCCUGACCAAGGCUGGCACACAUGGCGUGUGGACAUUGACCGCACCAACAGCAACUGGGUCAACCAGAAGGUCACCUGGUACCUUGAUGGCAACCAGUUUCACCAAGUCACUGGAGCCCGCAUCAACAAUGCAGGUGUCUGGACUGCUAUCGCCCAAUCUCCCUUGUACUUUAUUGUCAACGUAGCUGUCGGAGGAAACUGGCCCGGAUACCCUGACGGCAGUACCGUCGAUGGUUACCCCUCCAUGCAGGAGAUUGCUUACGUCGCUCACUACGUCUCCAACUAA